ACACUCUUAGAAUGAACCUAAAUUUAAAACCCCCAUCUUCCCCCUCAAACCACUGUCCUUUCUACUUCCCAGUUCCCACAUAAAGUCACAAAAUUCAAACAUGACCCCAGAAAACCUGCUUCGUCGUCUUCCAUCAACCCAGAAAUGCACCUUCGGCUGCCCAGUCCUAGACCGCUGCCUCGGCGGUGGCAUCCCUUGCAACUCAAUAACCGAGCUCGUCGCCGAGAGCGGUUGUGGCAAGACCCAACUCUGUCUCCAACUAGCCCUCUCCGCCCAGCUCCCACCCUCACUCGGCGGCCUAUCCGCCUCUUCUCUCUACAUCCACACCGAGUUCUCUUUCCCUUCUCGCCGCCUCCACCAACUUUCCCAUGCCUUUAUCUCUUCACACCCAAGAAUUUUCAAUAACGAUCCCUGUGAUCGUAUAUUUGUUCAUGCUGUAUAUUCUGCAGACCAACUGUUUGAUAUAAUGCCUAAGAUAGAGUCUUUCCUUGAAAACAUGAAUACCCAGUUACCGGUUAAGCUCAUUGUGAUCGAUUCCAUUGCGGCAUUGUUUCGUUCCGAAUUUGAGAACACCCCAAUUGAGCUUAAGCGGAGGUCGUCGCUGUUUUUUAAGAUUUCGGGGAAAUUGAAGUCGUUGGCGAAGAGGUUUGGUUUGGCUGUUGUGGUGACGAACCAGGUGGUGGAUUUGAUGGGGCAUUCGGAGGGGAUGAAUGGGCUGAAGGUUGGGAAUUUGGGUUCUUUGGUUUCGUCUGGAAGACGGGUGUGUCCCGCUUUGGGACUAGCGUGGGCUAAUUGUGUGAAUUCGAGGCUUUUCUUGUCGAGGAAUGAGGAAGUCGUUGGAGAAGAAAAUGGGUCGGUGGAUGUGAGUGCUUGUGGAGGUGGUGAUUUUCUCCCUAGGCAAACAAGGCGGCGACUUCAUGUUGUUUUCGCGCCUCAUUUGCCUGAUUCUUCUUGUGAGUUUGUGAUCAGAAGAGAAGGGGUUUUUGGAGUUGAAGGAUAGCAAUAUGCUUCUAAGAGGAAUGGCAUUACUUCAAGCUAGCUAGACAUGUAUAGUUUUGAGUUUUUGUACGCUUAUUUAAGCGGUGAGUUACAAACAGAAUAGCAGCAUGCAUGGUAAUUUUCAUUCCUCUUAAAUUUUCAGUUCUCAAUUUUUGUGUUUAUUACGAGUUGCUAAAGAUUGAUAACAGUGGAGGUGAUUUUGUUUAGAUUUUAUAAACAAGUGUAAAUUUGUAAACUAUGUGAACUUUGGUGUUGUGUACUUUACAUGGUGAAAAGUUCUUUUUAGAUCAAUUGAAAUUUUCUUCUCUUUUUUUUAUUUA